AUGCCAUUCAACGGGCAGCAAAACGAGUGCAGCCGAGAUGAUAUGCUGAUGAUCAUGCCUCAGAAACCUGCACCUUAUCAAAGUCACCAGAGUCGCCAUAAAGAGGUGCCAAGUGACUACAACAACAUCCAGCCACUGGAUAGCUUCGAUUUUGCCAAGACUGAGCCAAUACAGCUGCGACCAUGGAAGCCCAAGUUCCACCUUACCAUGGGCCUUGAGAACGCAACGUUCUCAGAUAUCCUGCCGCUUGAUAAUACACUGGUGGAUCGGCUUGCUUUGCGACGCAGAGUUGUGGCUCAACAUCGGGAAAUGGUGACAAGUGCUAACCCCUGUUCGGAGAGUGCUGUCAAGGAGUUUUACAUCUGGCUUGUUAGAACCUAUCUCCCUCGAAGGUAUCCAGAUAUUUAUACCUGUGGAGAGGACAUGCUUUUCGGUCCCGAGUCGACUGCAAUGCCAACGAAUCCGCCAGACAACGUCAGAGAUGUACUAGGCCUGAUAGCUGAGAACGUCGACGCCGAGUUUUUCUUUCUCCAGCGCCAAGGCGACAGCUACGUUGCACGAGCAAUUAUAAACUGCUACCCCUUCACUUUCAACCCGGCGCACAAGUUGAACAAGACCUUGGCCCAAAUUCAUGGUCCUAUUCCCGGCUACGCCAUCAAACUUCAGAAGUCUAUGGACCGCUACUUCGCUUCUCUAGCAAAGGGAAAACUGGCAAAGCGCCAUAAUUGGAACAUAGCGCUUGACCGAGAACUUUUUAGCCCGACUAAGAAUCCCUUGACAUUCCUGCCGGUGCCGGUGAUGGAAAAGAUCAAGGACGCUCUGGAAUGGCUGGGUAUCGGCUUCCCAAAAAUAAAGAGCGGCGAGGUGGAUGCUGAGCAAGUGACUCUUCGCUGUGAGAGGCAGACGCUCCACAGGAUGAUGGAAAAUGAAGACACGUUAGUCUUUUCGUUUAAGACUUAUCAGUACCCUCUAAGGCAGAUUCGAGACGAAGGAGGUGGACCUGCAUUGGCUGAAGCAAUCAGGGGUAUCAAGAGCGGUAGCGUGCCUCAGAUUGAGUGGUACAAGGCGUCGAUGUAUUGGGCAGAUGCUGUGGUCGACUACUUACUAACCGAGGACUCUAUCUAA